AUGUGGGACAGUGAAGUCCAGACGAAAUCGUUUGAAGAUAAGGACGAAACUGAAGUAAUUGAAUACAUUUUAGAAGACAAGCUGCGCGUAGAGGAAAUUACUUUUGAGGAGCAAGGCACAUUUAACGAUGUGAACGAUAAAAUGUCUCCUUUGGAAAUUGAGGAGAAUGCAAAAGAUGAAAUAAAAUAUCUUGCAGAAAGAGAUGUUGAAGUUGAUAACGGAAGUGUUUCAAACGAUGGUCCAGAGGGGGAAGAGGAAAAUGCAGGCGAAUCGAAUGAGGAAUCGAUAAAUGUAACUAUUGGUGAAGACGAACAAAUACUUUUGCAUGAUAAGGCACCUGAUAAAAAGGAAAAAUGCACCGAUGCAGAAGGUGAUACUACCGGCAAGAAUUCAGCGCAAAAGAGUACAAAAGCGGUUGCAGCUUUGGAUGACACAAGAACAUCCAAGGGUGGAUCCAGCAGCAGUAAAUGCAGCAAGUCUGAUGACGAUAAAUCAAAAAGAAAAGAUGAGAAGUCCGGCGACAAAAAGGAUAAAGACAUUAGUGAACAAAAAUCAUCUUCAAACAAGUCUUCGCAGAAGGAUGACAAAGAAAAGUCUUCAGUGAAUAUCUCUACAAAAUCGUCGUCCACACCAGACAACACCUUCACGUAA